AUGGCCAUUGUGCCAGACGUUGGAGAAAACGGCGGGCCCUGGGUGAUGCUGCAUUCAAUGAGUUGCAAACUCCGAGAACUCAACAUGAAGACUUUGGACCAGGAGUGGAACAAGCUCGACGACAUGGUUGACGAUAAGUCAGGUUUGACCUACAGACAGCUUGAGGAUCUGACAUCGGCCUGA